GUCAUGUCCAGUAGCAUUUCAAGUCUUAAGCUCAGUGAGCCCGACUUGUGGAAUUAGAUUCCAUAAAAAUAUAUUGGCCUAUUUUCAGUGAAAGAAAUACUGAAUUAUUCACGCUAUAGUUAAAAGUCAGUUAUUGCUCAAAUGUUAUUUAAUUGUCAUUGAUUCGCGCUGACAGGGACGGUCUGGGUGCCGCCGCAGACCCCCGUUAAGCCACCUGUCGCAGAAACUGCUUUUUAAACACCCCCUGACGUCAGUGGCGGUGAUGUGUGCUGUCUGUGAGAGAGCCACGCACACCCAUAUGGUACAGACCUACCCGUCCCUGGUUAGUCUAGACUGGCUUGCUGGGGGAAUCGGGGCGCGUUUCACGCUCGGAGCGACAGUUGGCCCCCGUGCCCACUGGGUUUGGAAUAGCCGGCCGUCCCCGGUGCGCCGGACGCCGACCCAGGACAGCGCGGCCAGGCGGUGGGACCCCUUUGGACGGAGGGUGACGAUUCGAGAGGCGGAAAACAGGCGAGGACCGCGCUUCGUUAAUAAACCCCGGCGUCGGCAGCGAGGGUCUAAACCGAUACACUUUACAUUAGACGGGGAUUAAGGCGGGUGCAAUAUAAUGAAGGCAGAGGCGAGGUAAAAUAGCCUACCAGCCAGAGAGACGGUUUUCCAUCAAGCGCACUAAUUAUACACCAUGGAUUUGAGUAAGUUUAUCUAAAGAAUGAGAUGCAAACAGGCAGCGGAUGACAUGCGCGGUAGACAGAAAGGAUACGAUCCGUACGGGGAAUAAAUACACAGGCUGUUUGCCCCCCGCCCCCUUAUCGGCAUCAUAAUUUAAAGAACCAGAUGAAGAUCGUUCCGAAAAGAAACACUCCAUCUUCCUCAUAAAACGGAAUCUAGUACGAAAAAAAUACGUCGGUCUUGGGCAGUUGCGUGAAAUUUAAUUUAUAUUAGAUUUCCGGUGUUAUUUAGGCUAAAUGAAGAGAUCUUGUAUUAUCUGCAGUUACAACAAUUCGCGUUUAAAUGGAUUGUUCGACUGUUUCGUAAUUUUAAAAACUGCAGGACUGAUUUUGCGGGUGAAUCAGUCAUUCAUUCGUCCUCCCGUUAUUCGCGUGUACCUGUGCAUGUUAACCGCAAACGCAGAAAGUACAGGAGCAGCGGGACGCUGUAGCUGCGAUGCCACGCAGGGCACUGCGCUCCACCGGAGGAUGUGGCCCUGAAGUCUGUUUUUAUUAUUGAUUUAAUAGGUACUAGAUUGGCGAAAACGUGAGAUCAGAGACUAACGGCGGCCCGGCCUGGCAUCAUGUGUCCCUGCAGACGGAGGAGCGUAGCGCUUGCUUUGCUCAGGGAGCUGUCAACAAGCAGGCACAUUUAACCACUUAAAUCUUGGAAAAAAGUGUGCGAUCAGGCCCUGCACCAGUCAUGAUACCGGGAACUGCCUCGGCGAUGCUCCCAGCCUCGGAAGCUGCUAAGAUAUACCAGACCAAUUACAUCCGCAACUCCAGAGCCAUCGGACUCCUGUGGGCCAUCUUCACCAUACUGUUUGCGAUCGUCAACGUGGUGUGUUUCAUUCAACCCUACUGGAUCGGGGAUGGUGUGGACACCCCCCAAGCCGGCUACUUCGGCCUCUUCCAUUACUGUGUAGGCAGCGGGCUGUCCCAGGAGCUCACAUGCCAGGGAAGUUUCAUCGAGUUCAGCUCCAUCCCGUCGGGCGCCUUCAAGGCGGCGUCCUUCUUCAUCGGGAUGUCCAUGGUGCUGGUCAUCACCUGCAUCGUCUGCUUUGCCCUUUUCUUCUUCUGUAGCACGGCCACCGUCUACAAAAUCUGCGGCUGGAUGCAGCUGGCUUCUGGUACCUGUCUAGUUCUGGGCUGCAUGAUCUACCCAGACGGGUGGGACUCGGACGAGGUGAAGCAGAUGUGCGGUGAGCAGACCGACAAGUACACGCUGGGCGCGUGCUCCGUGCGCUGGGCCUACAUCCUGGCCAUCAUGGGCAUCCUGGACGCCCUCAUCCUGUCCUUCCUGGCCUUCGUGCUUGGCAACCGGCAGGACGAACUCAUGGCCGAGAAGCUGCUAGCGGACAGCAAGGGUGGAAAUGCCUAAUACGCAUACAGAUCCACACAGAUUGGUCAGUAUACUACUCAGACCACACUAAUGUGCAUCCAUAACGCUUUCAGCCAAAUUCUUCUGUCACUGGUUGGAUGACCUCCUCUGAGCUG